AUGUCCCUGAUCACUGAAGACUCCGAGAAUUACUCCAAGCUGAUAGCUUCUCUUAAGGAAAUUGUAAACCUGUUGAAGUUGAAGCCUCAAUUACUCAACCUCUUCAGUAUUGAUACCAGUCAACUUGAUGGCUUUACAACCAUCAAUAAUGAUUGCUCAAUGUUUCUUCUGAAGUUCACCACAAUACCUCAAAUCACUGAUUCUAACGGGAAUCCAAUACCCGAAUCAGAGGAGCCCCCCUUGCUGUCAUUUGGAGGACUAUGGAGCGAAGAUAUGGCUUUACUAGAACCCUCUACCAAAAUCAUAACACUGCAGGCUGUAUUACCGGAAAGCGAGAUUCAAUCAGACAUUGCUGAUAUUCAAAGUACACCUCCACAUGUUUUGUCAGAAUUUGAGCCUUUGCUUUCAUGUAAUGGUCUGUCAAUUUCCCGUUCAACGGAAGAUACUACUGCCUUUGGGUCAGAACCCUUUACAGUGUUGAGUUCUGAUCCAAGCAAUGAAAAGAAUUAA